CCUGCAGCCACCAGUUGUACUUGGCUCCAGGUGCCUCCCCAUUUCGCCAUGGCGCUGCCCUGGGCCCUCGCCGUCCUGAGCCUCCUUCCUCUGCUGGAAGCCAGGAGCCUGGGGUGUGCCAACUUCACAGCAGCGCCUAUGACCAAUGCCACCCUGGAUCGUAUCUCUGGCAAGUGGUUUUACAUUGCGGGAGCCUCCCACAACCCUGAGUACCUUGAGUUUAUGAAGACAUAUCAGGCAUCCUACUUUUACUGUGACGCCAACCAUACAGAGGACACGAUACAGCUCAGGGAGUACUCGACCAUUGGGAACAAGUGUGUCUAUAACUUCAGCAUCUUGACUGUCCAGCGGGAGAAUGGGACCAUAACCACAAACGAGAUGGGCAGAGAACACAUUGGCCAUGUUUGGUUCACCAAGGACCCCAGUAUCAUCCUGUUUGUCUACUUCCCGGAUGAUAAGCAGAAAAUAGCACUGUUCUUCUGCGCGGACAAGGCGAACGUGACCGAGGAGCAGAUGAGUGAGUUCCAUGAAGCCAUCGUGUGCGUGGGCAUGGACAAGUCGGAAAUCAUGUACACCGACGAGAAACAGGAUCAGUGUGGGCCUCUGGAGAAGCAGCACGAGGAGGAAAGGAAGAAGAAACAGGAGGAGGCCUAGGAGGACGCAGGCCUGGGUUGGGGCCUCGGGGACUUGGGGGCGUCCUCAGCCCCCGUCCACCCUUUGUACCUCCAUCCCUUCCCUCAGUGGCAACAAUAAAGUUUCUGUCUUUGGGA